UGGUUCUUCUCAAAGGCAUGUUCCAGUCUCAGUAAUUGGGACGGGGAGAAAGCUGUACGGAUCCGUUUGGGUUUCCUGGCCAGCGCGUUGUGCAGGAGGAAGCUCUCCGGGCUGGUCUCGUUCCCUGGGCAGCGGGGCAGAGAAAGGGACUUUACAAAAUAUUAUUUAGAUUAAGUGCGUGGCAAGAAUACUUCGGGGAAGGAGAGAAAUGGAAGAAAAUAGAAUGGUAUGCACAACCCGGGCAGCACUACUAAAAAUAAGAAUAACAAUAAAGGGAAAGGAUCGGCCAGAGCCGGGCUGCGGUGUGCGCGGCCCCGUCCCGCAGCGUCCUUCUCCUCUCACAUCUCUCCGUGUUUCUACGCCGAUUUCUUUCCUGCCGACGGGACAGAGGCUCCGUGCGGCCGCGGCCGAUCCCCGCCGCCCCGCUCCGCUCCACCGCCCCCGGAGCCGGGACGGGGCCUCCCCGCCGCCCGCCCCGUGCCCCCUCUCUGCGUCCCGGUGGCUCCCGGUGCCCGGUCCAGCGGGGACAGAAACUUCGGGAAACAAGCGGCGGGGCCGGCCUGCUGCGGGGCCGGGGCUCCUCUUGCGGAUUUCUCCCCCCGGUUCGGUCCCUGCCGCAGCUAGGGUCGCUCCCUACGAAGCGGGGAAGGCACCGAGAGCCCCUCUCCGUAAAUGCAUUAAGAAUCGUUGCAGGAGGAGGGUGUGCUGGGAGCGGGCUGAGGCUCAACACGGGCGCAUUUCCGCCUUUCAUCCGCCGCUCUGUACCAAUCGUCGGAUGAUUGCGACAAACAAUCCGGUGAGAGAAACCCCUCAUUUCGUUGCGAGAGGCGAUGGCCGCUCUCCGCCCGCGCGGAGCCGCUCCGCUCCCCCCAGUGCCGCGCUCCGGGAGCGGGGACCCGCAGUUUUAUUAUUUUACGAAACGAAAGAAGCAGAACCGGACCCACUGAGGGAGAAACCGGCUCACCCUUGGCAGAAGGCUUUGCCACUUGCAAAGGGUUAAACGAGGGGGGGUUUAUUCAUCGUGAGCCAUAGAUUCGGUUCUUUCCCCGCGGUGGUUGUUCUCCACCGGGCAGCUCCGGGCUCUCCCCGCUGCGCGGCUCUCCGCCUCCCCAUCUCCUUGGGCCGCCCCUGCGCCGAGCUUUGGGUUUCCCUUCUCCUCUCCCUGGGCCAGGGCCGGGCUCCGGCGUGGGUCCCGCAGCCCCUCCAGCCCUCUCCUCCGCGUCUCUUCCUUCGUAUGUUUGCAUUAAAACACCCGUCCUGGAUUUAA